AUGAUUGCCAGGAACUAUUCUCACUGCCUUUCUGAUGUCGUGGAACCCACAAGAAAGAUAGCGAAAGAUGCCAAGGAGUGUGUGCAGGAAUGCGUUUCUGAAUUUAUCAGUUUUAUCACCAGCGAAGCAAGUGAGCGGUGCCACCAAGAGAAGAGAAAAACCAUCAAUGGUGAAGAUAUUUUAUUUGCCAUGUCUACUUUGGGUUUUGACAACUAUGUAGAACCUCUGAAGCUGUACCUGCAAAAAUACAGGGAGUCAAUGAAAGGAGAAAAGGUGAUAAAUGCAGCUGGUGGCAGACCAGAAACUUUGCCAGAAGAACUGGAUGAAGAUCAGUAUUCAACUCAUACCUUGGCAGCUGCAAAUAUAAUCACUGAACAAACUGGACAGCAGAAUAUUGCAUACACUUCAACCUAUCAGAACCAGAUUGGACAGCAAAUACACUAUGGUUGAAAGACUAGAGACAAGUCCAAAAUAGUUUUCUCGAGAGAUUUAAAGUUUCUGAAAUGUGAAGAAAAUCUGAUUUACUUGUACAUUUUAGAAGCAUAAUUUUUACUCUUUCUGUAUAGUCUGUUCAAAAUGUGCAGUUUCUAGAUUUUUAAAACAGGGAAACACAUGCAAAUAAAAUGUUUUUAGUUUUA